AUGACCUCUACGCGCCCCUCCUCGACCUUUCCCCGGUCGCUUUCGGUUUCGACAGAGCGCCGCAAUUCGCGCAGGCCAUCCGGACGCUCUAAUCCCUCCCCCAUCAACCCACAGUCCGUUCCCGACAACCAAGAAGCCCCCGCAAUCACGGAAGAGAUCAGUGAGAUCAAGCGAUAUGAGGAUUUCACCACGAUAGACUGGGUCCAAGAUGCCAUAUAUGAGCAGUCGCGGCGACGUGCUAAACGGCGUAGUGGUACUGGUUUCUGGGAUCAAGAAGGCAUUUUUAAAUGGAGACGGAAAGUCUACGAGUCCUAUGACGCUGGGCAGGCCUGGCUUGUCGUUACGCUUGUGGGCAUGGCAAUUGGAUUGAACUCGGCUGUGUUGAACAUUAUUACGGAGUGGCUUUCUGAUAUCAAAUUGGGUCAUUGUACCACUGCGUUUUAUCUCAACGAGAACUUCUGCUGCUGGGGCGCGGAGGAUGGUUGCCCUGAGUGGAAGACUUGGACGUCAUUCUGGUUGUUUAAUUAUAUUUUCUAUCUCUUUGGCGCGUUGUUGCUUUCAUCUAUUGCUGCAGUCCUGGUCAAGUCAUUUGCGCCCUAUGCCGCGGGAUCUGGUAUCUCUGAGAUCAAAUGCAUUAUUGCUGGUUUUGUCAUGAAAGGGUUCCUAGGCGCCUGGACUCUCAUAAUCAAGUCAAUUGCCCUGCCACUUGCCAUCGCAUCAGGUCUGUCUGUUGGAAAAGAGGGACCCAGUGUACAUUUUGCUGUUUGUACUGGAAAUGUGAUCUCGCGCUUCUUUGGUAAAUACAAGCAAAAUGCAUCGAAGACACGGGAAAUUUUGACUGCAUCGGCCGCAGCUGGUGUGGCCGUCGCUUUCGGCAGUCCAAUUGGAGGCGUACUUUUCUCCCUGGAGGAAAUGGCAAACUACUUCCCACUCAAGACCCUUUGGCGCAGCUACUUCUGUGCAUUGGUCGCAACUAGUGUUUUGGCGGCCGUCAACCCCUUCCGAACUGGUCAAUUGGUCAUGUUCCAAGUGACUUACGACCGAACAUGGCACUUCUUUGAGCUGAUUUUCUUCAUUGGCCUAGGUAUCUUUGGUGGGCUUUACGGUGCAUUCGUGAUGAAAUGGAACCUUCGCGUUGCUGCAUUUCGCAAGAAAUAUCUGUCGCAGUGGCCUAUCACCGAGUCUGUUGUUCUCGCUGGACUAACUGCGGUGCUGUGUUUCCCCAACAUGUUCUUGAAGAUCAACAUGACCGAGAUGAUGGAGAUUCUCUUCCGCGAAUGUGAAGGCGUCCACGACUAUCAUGGACUAUGCGAAGCUAAGAACAGAUGGUCAAUGGUACUAUCGUUAGCCAUCGCAACCGUUCUUCGCACUGGCUUGGUAAUCAUUUCCUAUGGUUGCAAGGUGCCAGCCGGCAUUUUUGUACCUUCGAUGGCUAUCGGAGCUUCUUUCGGCCGUAUGAUUGGAAUCAUGGUUCAGGCUUUACAUGAAUCUUUCCCCAAAUCUGCGUUUUUCGCCUCUUGCGAGCCUGAUGUCCCCUGCAUCACGCCGGGAACGUAUGCAUUCCUAGGUGCUGGAGCGGCCCUCAGUGGAAUUAUGCACCUGACUAUUUCUGUAACGGUCAUCAUGUUUGAGCUGACCGGUGCUCUAACCUACAUUUUGCCGACCAUGAUUGUGGUUGGUGUGACCAAAGCCGUUGGCGAUCGAUUCGGUAGUGGCGGUAUCGCCGAUCGGAUGAUUUGGUUCAAUGGGUUCCCAUUCCUUGACAACAAGGAAGACCACGUCUUCAAUGUGCCCGUUUCUCAUGCAAUGACCACAGACCCGCUCUCAUUGCCGGCUUCGGGUUUCCCCGUCCGCGAAGCCGAGCAUCUACUAAACGACAACAAGUACCAAGGAUUCCCAGUUGUGGAGGAUCGCACUUCCAAGACCCUUGUUGGAUAUAUCGGACGAACCGAGCUCCGAUAUGCCAUUGACCGUGCCCGGAACGAGGGAAUGGUAGCCCCCAACGCGCGGUGCGUCUUCACCAAGGAGGCAGCCGAGGCAGCCGUUGCGCGGAGGGCAUCCGUAUCUCAUCACGCACGGUCAUCAGAUACAUUUGAUGCAAUCGAAAGGAGUGUAGGAGCUGCCGUUGUCGAUUUCUCACGCUAUGUUGACCACACGCCGCUCACUGUGCACCCACGCCAUCCCCUGGAAACAGUCAUGGAGAUUUUCAAGAAGAUGGGCCCGCGAGUGAUUCUCGUCGAGCAUCGCGGCCGACUUACUGGCUUGGUGACUGUCAAAGACUGUCUGAAGUAUCAGUUCAAGGUCGAGGCCGAGGAACACAACUUGGCAGCGACAAGUUCAUCUCAAUUCUCCGCGCUUGGUGGGCAUCUGAACAACCCUGCCCCGGAAACCAUAGAAGAGCGUCUGUGGCGUCUUAUUCAAACCGUCGCCGGGUUUAUAUCUGGCAAGGUCUCCCGCCGGCCGGUCCGGCUGCGCGAUCGAAAUGCUCCCAGGCGGACGGAACCCGAAGAUAUCCUGGAUGGCACGGAAGAAGAUGCCAUCGUGGAACUGGAAGACAGAGAGGAUCGUCCCAUGAUAUGA